CCACGCUGUGAGGAGAUCUGACAGCGGACCAUAUUCCUGUAGAAUCAGCAACCCGAUCAACAUGGAAGAGGUCGCAUACGGCAUGGCCAUUAAUUUUCCAGUCUCUAAUGUAAAGUUAACAGUCACUAGCACUGACCUAGUGGAGUUCAACAGCACAGUCCGUCUGUCCUGCUCUUCGUCUGGAUCAUCCCUCUCUUUCCUCUGGCUGAACGGCAGCUCCGAGGUCACAGCCAGCGACAGAGUUCAGCUCUCGGACGGAGGCGCCACUCUCACCAUUGUUGGUGUAACCCGUUAUGACCAGGCAUCGUUCGCAUGUCUGGCAUCCAAUGCUGUCAGCGAAAGCACCAGUGCUCCAGAGCAUCUUACCGUCAGCUUUGGCCCGGAUGAUAUUCAUCUUAAUGUAUCUCCAUUGCAACAAUACAUCGCUGAAGGAUCAAACGUCGUCUUUUCCUGCUCUGCUGCCUCCAGACCACUCGCCCUCAUUUCCUGGGCUCUGGAUGGAGAGCCGCUGUCUUACAAUGGACCAGAAAUCUCACUCAUGAACAUUCAGGAGAACCAGAGUGGAAAAUACAGCUGUCAGGCCUUUAACACCAAGACUUUAAGACGCAAAACAUCUCAGCUUGUGUCUGUAAAUGUGCUAAAGAACAUCUCCGACGGAUCCAUCGUGGCGUCCACAAGUCAGCCCAUCGAGGGGAUGCCAGUGAAUCUCACCUGUGAAGCUGCCGGCUCCAUCUUUAACAGAGAGUGGAUGAAGAGCGGUUCAGCCCUGCUCCCGGACGACAACAUGGCGCUUCACGACGAGGGCAGGGUCUUGUCCUUCCACGCUGUGAGGAGAUCUGACAGCGGAACAUAUUCCUGUAGAAUCAGCAACCCGAUCAACAUGGAAGAGGUCGCAUACGGAAUGGCCAUUAAUUAUGGACCAGAGUCUGUCCAAAUAUCGGGCCCGAAGGAGAUAACCGUGAAGCACACUUUAACGUUAACCUGCUCUGCUACGUCUGUUCCAUCCGCCACUUACACUUGGAAACAAAUGAAUCAAUCCGAAAUACACAAUACUUCCAUAUUUGUCAUAAACAAUGUCGACUUUUCAGACAGCGGAAGCUACAUAUGUAUUGCAUCAAAUAACAUAACGGGAGUAAACGUAUCUGCACAGCAUAGACUGGCUGUAACAGAGGAGAACCCACCUCUGUGCACAGCUGGUUGUAUCGCCGGAAUCGUAAUUGCAAGUUUAGUUAUCUGCGCAGCAUCCGCCGGGGGAGGAUACUACAUUUAUAAUAAACAGAAACAGUCAAAAAAUCCCAACAGCGGAAACAUCACCACCAGAACAGAGCGUGACAGGAAAGACAACACAACAGAUACAAGAAAUGAGGACCAGGAUUUGAACUAUGCAGACCUGACAUUUUUCCACGCAAAGGAAGGCCAGUUUGUGCCCCAGAAUAACUCAUCAGUAUACACAGAGAUUCGAGUGAACAAGCCUACUACUGCGGAGUCCUCCCCUCCAUCCUACAACGUCCACAUGCAGCGGAUAAAGAGGCGAGCUCCUCAGCCUUUUGAAACCGAUGAAAUCCAAGUCUAACCUCAGGUCCAUGACGCUUAGUCAUGUUUAAACUGGUCUCGUGGUCAUGGAGAUUCAGUGCCUCAACGGAGUGUUAGUGGCUAGUGUUUGCAUAGUCAACUUGACCAGGGGUUAAUAAUUUAUCUUUUGGGCUGUGACAGACUACCUUUUGUCGAGAUAAAAUCCACACCCUAAAAAUCCAAAUGAUGGGUAGGACAAUUGGAAACUAUCAUACAAGACUUUUCAGUGACGUCACACAAGGUGCCAGAUGAGCACAUUUGCAAAUCUCGUGACAAUUCAGCUGAGGUGGUGGGCAAACUUUUUGACAAACAAAAUUACCCGGAGGGCCAGACUAAAUAUUUGAUACACACAGACUAGUUUAAGCUUAUAAUUCCAACACUCUACCUGUAAUUAUUUGUCUUAUUUUAUCUGUACAAUAAGUGCUUGUGUCCCUUUGUCGGAACCACAUCAAAUACAACAGGGAUUAAUAGUAAUAAGGGAACCAACAGUACAAUAAAACAUUGUGGACACUCCUCCAUUUGUUACUUCCCUAUACAGUGCAGUGGGUAGGUUAAGUUGUGUAUCACAUACAGUAUUUGUUAGGUGAAGGACAGGGUCAGGCAAAAUUGUGACACAUUUGUAGGUUAAAUAAAAGCAAAAUAAAGUAAAACAAAAAAGUGUUUUUGUUUUGGAAAUGUACAUAUAAUGUCAUUCUGUUUCAUUAUGUUUUAAAAAUGUAAUCAGUUCUGGCGGUGCGAGGUAACAACCCAUAACAAGAUGGUGUUUCCAGCUGGUACGGGAUCAAGAUUGAAUUGCAAACUAAACGCUUGUUGUGUUGCAGUUACAGAUUAGUUUGUUUUGAUAAAAGUUUCCACAAUGAAAACGCCAUCCUCACCAAUCCGAUUCAUGGCAGCAACUGAAAAAAACCCAAAAAGCAAUGGCAUUAUAUGUACUUUUCGAAAAUAAAAACACAGUUUCUUUACUUUAUUUUCCUUUUAUUUAACCUACAAAUGUGUCACAUCAUUUUGCCUGACCCUGUAGUUAUCUGGAUUGCUGCACACGGAAAGCUACAGUACUUCAACCAUCAUAAGGUUGUCUUAGAUUGACUGACUUCUCCUAAGUCAUCUUGCCAGCUAGUAAGCUAAAAAUUUAAGUGACGGUUGGUAUGAGUUCCUUCCUGCAGCACUUCCUAGUAGUUGGUUUAUUACCUCAGUUACCGUCCAUCGUCCGUCACAUCCCCUUUCUUUGCUUCUAUUCACUUUUUUGGGCAUUUACCAGCAUCAUUCUACAACAUCGGAAGUUGCAUGACUCUUUCUGAAGGUACCCUUUUGUUAUUAACAGCCAUUGCAUCCUGGGGUGGGUCACACUCCUUGUCCAAUCCGUGACAGAUCAUAACUAGAAUCAUCAUGGCUGAGCAACAAGUUCUUGUUAAUAUUAAAAGAAGAAGAAAUGGAUGUAGUCAAUGGCUGAUUUAUUUUUAACACUAAUCUUC